AUGCCUUUUCCUUCGAAAUAUGGUAACGAUUUGCUUCCAUACAGGAGCGCCUUGAAAAUGCCUCCGCCCUCUGCUCCUUUCUUGGAGCUCCUGCAGCCUCCGCCCUCCGCUCCUCUCCUGGAGCUCCUGCAGCCUCCGCCCUCCGCUCCUCUCCUGGAGCUCCUGCAGCCUCCACCCUCUGCUCCUCUCCUGCAGCCUCCACCCUCUGCUCCUCUCCUGCAGCCUCCGCCCUCUGCUCCUUUCCUGCAGCCUCCGCCCUCCGCUCCUCUCCUGGAGCUCCUGCAGCCUCCGCCCUCCGCUCCUCUCCUGCAGCCUCCGCCCUCUGCUCCUCUCCUGGAGCUCCUGCAGCCUCCACCCUCCGCCCCUCUCCUGCAGCCUCCACCCUCCGCUCCUCUCCUCAUCAUGACAUCCGGCGCUCCGCUGCUGGCGCACAGACCCAGGAGGAGCCUGCUCUACAAGGCGCUCUGCUUUCUCCUCCUCUUCUUCCAGGGAGGCAUCUUGGACUUCUACCUCAUCCUCUUCACCGACCUGUACUGGUGCUCCUGGAUCGCCACGGACCUGGUGGUGAUCUGCGGCUGGGGGGUUUUCUUCCUGAGGAACGCCCGGAGCCAGAGGGAGCGCGCCUGCGGGUUCCACCUGAAGGGCUCCAGCUCCGGCUGCAGCCUGGGAGAGUUCACCUACGCCUACCUGGCCUGGCUCAUCUACGGCAUCGCCUGCGCCCCGAAGGUGGUGGUGAUCCUGGAGACCUCCAUCCUGGAGCAGAUCGCGCUGCAGGUGCCCUGCGGGGUGACCGGCUUUAAGGUGACGGUGCUGCUGUCGGUGCCGCUGCUCUUCUGCCUCAUCAGCUCCAUCGUGGUGCAUGUGAACGGGCCGAGCCACCACCGCUCCCACAGCUGCUUCACCACCACCUGCCUGGACCUGCUGGACAGCUUCACGCUGCUGGAGAUGCUCCUCCGAGGGGAGGUGCCCUCCGUCUACCUGAAGUACACCGUCAUCAGCGCCUACUUCGUGGCCCUGGGGGCCCCGGUGGUGUGGCUCUAUGAGCUGAGCGCGGCGGAGCUCCGCUGCCGGUGGCUGUGGGCCCGCUUCUCCACCGGGCUGCUGGUCAACGCCCCGCUGUUGGUGGUGCGCUGCUUCCAGGUCUUUGUUUACAGGAUGCCGGUGUCGGUCUUCAUGUUUAAGAACGUCUUCCUGCUGCUGUGCGGCCUGCUGGAGCUGCUGGAGCAGUGCGCAGCGCUGCGGGGCCUGCCAAAGCGGACUGGAACCAGCAACCCUUCCCAGUUCUCCCACUGCGUGUCCGACAGCGACAUGAAUCCCCACGGAUACGUCAACACCCUGGCCGUCACUCAGUCCUAGGGGCCCGCGGGGACCGGGAGGGGAAGGAGGCCCCAUGG